AUGACGGAAUUUCAUUUAACGCUGCCACAAAAUACAGAUUUUAAUAAAAUACGGGAAGAACCAUUUGGUGAACCGAUUCGUAGACGGAUUCAUCGCUAUCCGAAACGUAUGCUCAUUCUAUUGCUGGUAGGAAUCUCUGUAAUUAUUUUAUAUACAAACUGGAAUAAUGAAAUUGAUGACAUCGUCAAUAAUAUGCAAGUGAUAAGAAACAGAAAACACAAUCUGCGAAAUGAGACCUUAGCGGAAACUUUGGAACGUGAAGUACGUGUACUGUGUUGGGUGAUGACUACACCGGAGAACCAUAAAACCAAAGCCUUGCAUGUUUUGCAUACGUGGGGUAAACGUUGUACACGCUUGUUUUUCGUAACUUCUAAGACAGAUGACGAGUUUGAAACAAUAAUCGUGCCAAUCGAAGAUAAAUACGAGUUCUUAUGGGGCAAAACGAGAGAAGCUUUCAGAUACAUCUAUAAUAAUCAUUUUGAUGAGGCUGAUUGGUUUAUGAAGGCGGAUGAUGAUACUUUUGUUUUUGUUGAAAACCUACGUUACUUGCUCUAUGAGUACUCACCAGAUAUGCCGAUACACUUUGGUUAUAAUUUUAAACUUGAUAAUAAGAAUAUAAGUUCCUACAUGUCUGGCGGAGGUGGUUAUAUCCUUAGUAAAGAGGCGCUUAGUCGUUUUGUAGAAAUCGGACUCAACGAUUCCACCAAAUGUCGCAUUAAUGAGAACAAUAAUGCAGAAGAUGUGGAAAUUGGUAAAUGUCUUCUGGCUUCAGGCGUAGUGGCUGGUGAUGGACGUGAUAAAUUUUAUAAGCAACGUUUCUCACCAUUUGAACCAUUCGCUACACUCAUACCCAAUUAUUAUGGAACAAAAUUCUGGUAUUAUGGCUAUAGCUUUUAUCAUGUACAUAAUUGUCGUGAUUGCCUUUCAAAAUAUGUGGUCUCAUUUCAUUAUGUCGCUUCGCAUAAUAUGGAUGUAUACAAUUUCUUAAAAUAUGAUUUGGAAGUGUUUGGAUUAGAUGAACUAGAAGAGGAGGAUGUAUUACCGGAAAAAUUAAUAUUUGAUGAAAUUAAAAUACCAGAAUCUGAUAAUAGUAUAGAGUAUCACUUCUGA